AUGGAAAAGAUAGUGGAUCGAAUCAAUGUGGCGGAACAAGAUAUCGGCAAAGCUGAACUCUUACUGAUCAUAGUUCUGGAAUUAGAAGACUUGGAUAUCUCGCACAUAAUAUGUCUAGCAUUGGGGUCGCCGGAGCUGAGUUCGGCUGCAAGGUACCAAUUAGCAUUGUUGAAAAAAUUAGUUGAAGCGUUCAAAAUAAGCCCUAGCAAGGUGUUUUUGUAUGAUCCAGUGUUCACAGAUACAGACAAACAGGUAAUAACCUCAUUGGGGUAUCUUUUAGAGUCACUUGAACUGGCUGUGAAACUGUGCCUGGAAGAACCAUCAACAAGCAACGAACAAUCCGAAAAAACUGAAAUCAACGCCAAGGAUAAAACUACACUGAGAACACUCUACUUUUUACCACAUGCGUCUUUAGAGCUUACAGAAGAAGUUCUUUCUCGUUAUCAUGCGCGCUAUCUUCUUGCCAAUGAUGCCAUCGCUCACACUGAUCGACUAACCACUCGAAAAUUAUACGAUAACUACCGCACCCUUUCCUACCUUGUCCUGUUGACUGAACAGUCUUCUGUCGAUACCCAAUUCCAGACCGUCAAGAAAAAACGCCGACAAAAAGCAAAUGUCUUUGUAGAGCCCAAAUUAGACUUUUCAGCUGACAACAUGUAUUUCAACUCCACCACAAUCAAAAGACUCCCCACAGAAGGUCCGUGGGGCAAUGCGUUCACCGACUUGGCAUUACAUAAACUUGAUUAUAAAUAA